AUGUCAAAUCCAUUAAAUUCCUCUUUGGCAGAAGAGGAGGAGGGCGAAUUUGUGUCACCCUUUGCAAGAAGUGAUAAUAUAAAUACCACCACCACCACUACAACUACAUCAAAUACAUUAUCAUACCCAACUGAAGAGAAGCAAGAGGAACAAUCAUCACCAUCAUCACAACAACAAGAACAACCAACACAACCACAAAAACCAAAGAAAAAGAAACCAGCACAACCAAAAACAGAUACAGAUACAUCAACAACUACUGAACCAGUUGCACCACCAGUAGCAUCAAAGAAACCGGAAUGGGUACCUGAUAACUCUUCAAAUAAAUGUGAAAUGUGUAGUUCAACCUUUACAUUCCUUAAUAGAAGACAUCAUUGUAGAAGAUGUGGACAUUUAUUUUGUGGAGAUUGUUGUUCAUUAAAUACAUCACUACCACAAGAAUAUGGAUAUACUGAAAGAGUUAAAGUUUGUUCAAAAUGUUUUACAACUACAAUUAACGAGAGAGCAUUGGAAGAAACAACCAUCACAAUGAAUAUUGGUGGUGUUAGUAAAGAGACUAAAGUUGUUUCAGGUGUUCAUAAAUUAUUAUUAUGGAGAAUGGGUGCACAUGACGAUGGAGAAUUUAAUAGAGAUGUUUUUGAUUCAUAUGAAAAUCAACCAUCAACCCCAAUACCAGUAUCAAGAGUGCAAGAUCUUUAUUUAGAUGGAAAUGAUUUAGAUGUUCAAGGUUGUACAGGAUUUAGAGUUAGAGUUUAUAAUCCAGCUUUAGAACCAGGUGAAAAACCAACUACCUAUCCAAUUUUAAUGUGGUUCCAUUCUGGUGGUUUUGUAUCAAAAUCAAUUCAAACUCCAUCAGUUGAUGGUUUAUGUAGAUUACUUUCAAAUCAAUCAAGAUGUGUUGUAGUAUCAGUUGAUUAUAGAUUAGCACCAGAAAAUAUGUUUCCAGCAGCAGCUUUAGAUUGUUUUGCAGCAACUUGUUGGGCAGUAAAGAAAGCAGCAACAUUUGAUGGUGAUCCAACACGUAUAGCAGUAGCAGGUGAUAGUGUAGGAGGAAAUUUAGCAGCAGCAGUAGCCUUAAUGGCAAGAGAUAAAGAGACACCAAGAUUAUGUGGUCAAGUUUUGGUUUGUCCAAUUUUAGAUUUAAAGAAAAACGAAGAGAAAUAUUAUACACGUGUUGUACACAACGAUGGUUAUUUAAUGCCGAUGAGUUUUUUCAAAUGGUUCUCUAGCAAAUAUUGCAGAGAGGCAGAUAUUGAAAAUCCUUACGCAUCACCUUUAAAGGCUGCCACUUCAACAAAGGCAUUAUGUGGUUUACCUGUAACUCAUAUGAUCACCGCUGGUUUUGAUCCAUUUUGUGACGAAGGGGAACUUUAUAUUAAAAAACUUAGACAAUCUGGCGUUAAGGUUUAUCAUACACGUUAUACAAACUCACCACAUGGAUUCUUUGCAAUUGGUUUGGAUGAAUCAAAUGAAGCUUUAAUGGAAGUUUCAAUAAUUUUAAAAUAUAUGUUUGGUUCUAAAAAAUAA